UAGAAGAAGGAAAGGAAAGGAAAAGAAAGGAAAGACGUAGCCCCGACAAUUACUAGCUGCAGUUGGGCAACAUCACUGGAUAGUCUGGGGUGGUUGGUGGGGCCUGCUGCAGAUUUCAUCUGCCAACCCGCUUCUUCACCCCUUUUCCCCCUCCUCUCAUUCUACCCCCCCCCCCCUUUCCCCCCCAACCCCCCCCCCCCCCCCGUUUUCUCUCCUUGGUUUGGACUUUGGCUUCUCCCUGGCUUGAUUUUAUUUUUUCUCCCCCUCCCCCCCAGCCUAACCACUCCGGGCUCCAGGGCCUCCACCGCCUCCGCCUCCGCCGCCGUGAGCUCCGCGCGCCCGCGACAGCACCAGAAAUCCAUGUCCGCCUCGGUGCACCCCUCCAAGCCCACGCUGCCCCCCACCGACAAUCACUGCGAGGCCCAGCGACCUAGCACAGCCCCCCAGCGGGCUCCUGUGGCCUCCCCCUCCGCCCACAACAUCAGCAGCGCCCUCCCCGAGCGCACCAACUUCCCACGAGGCAUCCAGAGCCGCAGCACUUUCCACGCCGGGCAGCUCCGGCCGGUCCGGGACCAGCAGAACCUCUCUUACGGACUGACCCCCGCCUCGCCUUCGGGCAACAGCCAAGGCCGGAGAGGGGCUUCGGGCAGCCUCUUCAGCAAGUUCACCUCCAAGUUCGUACGCAGAAAUCUGUCUUUCAGGUUUGCCAGAAGGUAGGCGUUCGUCACUCUGGAAUUUGUUCUUUUCCCUCCUCUUCCUCCUCCUCCUUCCUCUCAUGCAACACUCACCUCCUCCCUGCCAGCUUCUCUCGCUCUCUCUUUCUCUCUCUUUCUCUCGCUCUCUCUUUCUCUCGCGCUCUCUGUCCCCCGUCCCGACCCAUGAUGGCCAAGGGUGGCUGUGUGUGAACGCAGAGGGCACCCUUAAAGGGACAGUUUGGUAGUGGUGGUGGUCUUAUUAGCUUUUGGCCUGCAGGAAGGGAAGCCCACCGGGAUGUCGGGGAGGGGCUGUUUCCACUCGGUCCCAUCUGGGUCGCCAAUAAGUUGUCUGGCGUGGGAUUAACCGUACGAGAAGGCUGUCUCUUUAAAGGUGAUUCUCCAUCUUUGUGGUUUUUGCCUUGGCUGGGCCUCUGCUCUUUCUAACCAGAAUCUUCCCCCCCCCCCACCCCUCCUUCCCCUCUCCUGCCCCACACUAAUCCCUCUUCUCCCUGCAUGGUGGCGGUUAGGAGGAGCUGGGCUACAUCCCUCUGCUCUGCUUGCUGGACGCGGCCUUGAAGGUUCAGGCUUAGCUUGCGGGAGGUGGGCGAACAGGGAUUCAGCCCGUCCAGGAGAACUUCACGGUCCUCCUCGGGGAU